UACAAUCACAUCGGUACUUUGUCAGUGGCGUACGCACACAAAUAAACCAACAACUGGACACUAAAUUCGUUAAAACAGAAACACCGUGGGUUAAGCUUGAGAGAGGAAACGCAUAGCUUUGACGUUAUGGCCGUAACGGCUGGAAGAGCUAUUGGAGCUGGAGGACCAGCCUCGAUUGCUCGGUUCCGCGGUGCACUGGUUGGCGCGGUCCUGGGAGAUUGUGUUGGUGGGGAGUUCGAAGGUGCAGAGGAGGUUCCCAUGGAUCGCGUUUUGCAGCAUCUGAACGGACUACAGGAUGAGGAUCGUGGCGAAGGUAUUCUGCAGUACAGUGACGAUACAGCCAUGACACGGUGUGUUGUGCAGUCUUUGCUGACCAGGGCAGGGUUUGACGAACAAGACAUGGCCUACAGCUUCGCCAAGGAGUACAGUUUAUCUCCAGGGCGAGGCUACGGUUCAGGUGUAAUUCAGGUGUUGAAGAAGUUGCGGGUGCCAAAAUUGAAUGACGUCUUCCAGCCAGCCAGGGCUCAAUUCAACGGACGCGGCUCCUUUGGGAAUGGUGGGGCGAUGAGGGCAGCCCCUUUCGCCCUGGCCUUCAGAGACCAUCGAGACGUCAAGCGGUAUGCUCGACUUGGAGCCAUGUUGACCCAUUCCUGUUCCCUGGGAUACAAUGGAGCCGUUCUGCAGGCCUUGGCAGUGCACCUGUCCCUCCAGGGGGCGCUAGACCGGCCACACAAGUUCAUCAACAGGCUCAUUACGGAGAUGGAGGAAGUGGAGGCAGAAGAGGCGUCUCGCCAGGAUGCCAGACUGUUGAAGGAGUCUGAGUUUCCGUUCUGUGACCGUUUGCACAGAGUGAAGGACCUGAUGGAGAGGAACCAAGUGAGCAUCGAGGAGGUCAUAUCUGAGCUAGGGAACGGCAUUGCUGCUCUGCACUCUGUCCCCACGGCCAUCUUCUGUGUCCUGCACUGUCUGGAGGUCCGCGAGGGCCUUCCAGAGAACUACAGGGGCAUGGAGAGGACAAUGGCCUACAGUCUGGCCCUAGGGGGGGACACAGACACCAUCGCGUGCAUGGCGGGAGCCAUCGCUGGGGCACACUACGGCGUGGACGCCGUUCCCCACGCGUGGCGACGCUGCUGCGAAGGGGCAGAAGACGCUGAUAGGAGCGCCGAGCACCUGCACAAGCUUUACCACCGGCCGCCACCAGAGGGAGACGCGGGCACACGGGGCAACGCUGACGAUCAGUCACACGCCAGCACACAGCCUCCGAGCGCAGAAUAGAUUUUCGGGACUAAUUAGCUUAAUACAUACAUGCAUACACACCACUUUUGUAUAUAUCUUCUCUCUCCCUCUGAUUUUUGACCAUGUGUGAACAAUUGCCUGUAAUGUGAACGUAACAUGAACUUCCCAUGAAUGUUCCUCUUUUUUUUAUGGAAUAUUUAAUAAAUGGCAUAUAAUGUCCAAUAGAAUUGUAAGCUAUACUGUUUUUGCUGACAAGUCUUAACUGUUAGUACUGAUGUCUUU